GCUGCCCGCAUGCUGGGCCGGGGGCGCCGCCGGGGCUCCCGCCCUGGGCUGCAAGGCCGCCGCUGCCACGGGCGCCCGGUAUGUCGGUGCACUACACCCUCAAUCUGCGCGUCUUUUGGCCCCUGGUGACCGGCCUGUGCACUGCUCUUGUGUGCCUCUACCAUGUCCUCCGGGGAAGCGGGGGCGACCGGGCUGAGCACCCCGACGGUGCGGACGGCGGCUUCCCGCUGCUCAAGGUGGCCGUCCUGCUCCUCCUGGGCUACAUCCUCCUGCGCUGUCGCCACGCUGUCCGGCAGCGCUUCCUGCCGGGGGCUCCCCGCCUGGGGAGACACUCCACCUUUUCUCCUAGACACUUCGGAGAGCCCAGCCUUGGCAUCUUGCUGGAGAGUUACUACGAGCACGAGGUGCGCCUCUCCCCGCACGUGCUGGGCCACAGCAAGGCGCACGUAAGCCGGAUCGUGGGCGAGCUGGUGCGGGCUGGCCGCGCCCGGGGGUCCCCGGGCCCCAUCCCCGGCGGGGCGCUGGCGUUGGCCUUCCGCGGAGACUUCAUCCAGGUUGGCAGCGCCUACGAGCAGCAUAAAAUCCGGCGGCCCGACGGCUUCGACGUGCUGGUGCCUCUGCGUCUCCCGCCGCUGGUGGCGCUGGAGCCUCGGAGCCUGGGCGCCGAGCCCGCGCUGGCCCCAGCCUUCCACGGUUGUUUCGUGUGUGCACUCAAGGCGCCGCCGGGGGCCUCCGGGGGCCACUGGCUCCGGGACUGCAAGCCCUUCGCCGACGGCUUCUGCGUGGACGUGCUCGGGCGGCGCCAUCUCUCCGCCACUAUGGUGCUUCGCUGGUUCCAGUCGCACCUGCAGCGUUCCCUGGCCACAGUGCGCUACAGCCUGGAGGGGCGUUGUCGCGUCAGCCUGACCCCCGGCGGUCUGGAGCAGCCCCCCACCCUGCACAUCCUGCCGUGCCGAACGGAUUACGGCUGCUGCCGCCUUUCCAUGGCAGUGCGUCUCAUCCCCGCUGUGCAUGUGGGCGAUGGCGUUUUCCUCGUGGCACCACCACCGCCACCCUCACCUGUCGGGCCCCUGUCGGAGCUCCCGGGAGGCCUGCGCACGGAUGCCCUGUGGGGUGUGAACACAGCGCGCCAGGAGCAGAAGCUGCUGAGCUGGCUGCAGGAACGGGCCCCUCCAGGGGCCUGCUACCUCAAGUGCCUGCAGUUGCUUAAAGCUCUGCGAGAUCUGGGCGCCCGCGGGCUGGACCCGACGGCUGCCACACAGUGGGGACGCAUCCUGUCCUCGUACAUGCUCAAGACAGUGCUGCUGGCGGUGCUGCUGCGCGAGGGGGCUCCGGCUCAAGGCUGGGACGAGGCGCACGUGGGCGAGCGGUUGGAGGAAUUAGUGCAGUUCCUUAGGGACUGCCUGCUACGACGCCAUACGCUCUUCCACUGCGUCCUGGGCCCAGGUGGGGCCGCCGCCGAGGUCGGCCCACUGCCCAAGGUUCUGCGCGAAGCCGCCCCCGUUGACCUUCUGGCUGCAUUCGACGGGCAUGCCCGGGAACUCGCGGCAGCCAGGUUGCUGUCCACGUGGCGAAGGCUGCCCCAGCUUCUCCGGGUCUAUGGGGGUCCUCGCUACCUUGACAGGUGCCCCCCACCCCGGAGUCAGCGCUCCCAGGGCUUCCCUGGAGAUGAACCAUAACCCUUGACAGUGCCUCCACCUGGCCCAAAGCUCCGAAAGCUGCUCGGACCUGAUGGAGGUGGGGAUGGCAAGGAAGCCAGUUUAACGCAAGGAAAUGAGCUGCCAAAGGUGUUGGAAAAUUCAGAGGGGACAUUUGGGAGCUUAAAUGUCACCCCUGGCUCCAAAGCCGGUAUAGUUAGGGCAUCUUUUUCCCACCAGCGUGUUCAGAGCAAGCUACAGAGAGACAUCAGCUAAGAGUUGGUCCAAAUGUUGGUUUGUGUGAAAUGAUUCUGUAGAAGGAUCCAGCUUUUAGGGAAAUCCAGUAAAGACAGGAAGCAAGAACUAGCUGCAGAGAAAGUUCCGGCUGUCAGUUUUUGAGAUGCAGAUCUCUGGCCCCCAGAUUUAAAGAAGCUAAUGUCUUUUGAUAUAACUACUUGGGAGGUCCUGGGUUCCUGAUGGUCUUCCUAAUAAUCUGAAUCUUUACAACUGGAAUCGAAGUUCAAUUCUAGGGGCUAGUGUUCUGAGGAACACAGUUUCCACUGUUCAAAUUAAUAUUCAUGUAUUUUUUAAAUGGUGCAAUCACGGGUGUUUGACAGGAUUGCAGAGAAUGAAAUCAUGUGUUGGGAGAUCAUCAGGAGUUGGUUAGAGAAACUUCCAGAGCAAACAGCACUGUGUUUCGAUCAGUCCUUUCAUUUUGUGGCGAUUGCCAGGGCCAAGUUAUUGCCUCUGACAGGGAAACCGGUUCCAUUUAUUAUUAAGAAAUGUGCAGUCUUAAAAAGCAGGCUUGCUUAGCAUCCCUGCUGGUACCAGCCCGCACCCAUCCAUGGGGGGCCUGCCGUGUGCCAGGCACAGUGCAGAGGAGCAAAGAAUCCAUGUUUAGGACAACACAGGUGAGGAUGUAAGAACGUUUUGAGGAAGAUCUAGUUCGAUUUUCGCCUAUGAAGGUGACAGCUUGCUGCUGGCUGGAGACAGAAACGUUUUGUUGGUUUUAAGCCUUUUAAACAGACUCCUCAGCAUGGUGAUUUCUUUCUGAGAGUAAUGAGCUAAUGAAGAGGCUGCGCCGGCUGUACUUAGCUCUCCCCGUCAGUGCUCAGCGAUGGUUAGUGGCUAUAAAGUUUCUCUCCGGGAGCCCUGGCACCUUUAAGUAAGUGGUUCCUAAGGCCACCUUGAGGCGUGGUUGAUUCAGCCCAGGUCUUGAAAAGCAUUUCACAAAGAAUUCAGUAUCUUGGGUUCUGAGCUCCCAGCUGGUCAGCCUAGGAGAGUAAGUGAGGGGAAGGAGAGUGGGGGGGGCCCUUGUCAGGGGUCUGCUGGUUUUUCUCUUUGGACGUAAAUAUCCCCAACGCAGCCCACCAUCUGCUUGCCUAAUAGAAAACGCAACCUGUCCCACCCAGUGUAGACUUGGGGACUUUUUUUUUUUUUUUUUUUACACAAAGACAUGUACUAACUUAGAGUCUUAAAGGUAAAACCUGGAAGACAGAAGGAGCCGUCUGAAUAGGGCCAUUGUUCCACCUCUGAGUUGUUUGGAGGGAAUUCUUUAAACUUUCUUGAGGGGACUGCUUGGCCAGUGCAGGAAGUCACCGUGAGUAAUGGUUGGCAGGGUAGCCUCAUGGGAGCUGCAGACACUUCUGUCUUUUGCCACCUUGGACUGUAAGAGAAGUAGUUGCAAAUGCUGUGCCUCCUCUUGGAGGCUGCUCUGGGGACCGUUCCGCUUGAUGUCACAAAGGCCAUUCCCAGCUUUUGAGGUCAGUGUUAGGUCAUAAGGUACUGCAUUUAGUAAAGGGAUCAGUCUACCAACUUCCUGCGAAGAUAUAAACUGCACAGUGUUUCUUAAACUUAUUUUUGAAAAUAGAUGCCAAAAUACGUAGAUCUAUAUAUAUAAACAUAUAUAUAUAUUUAUAAUGUUUCCAUAUUGGCCCCAAUUCCCCCUGUAGUCAUUAAAUCUACUGAAGUGGGAACAGCAAGGCUCUUGGAGGGAUUAUAAAGCUUUAAAAAUGGAAUUUUCCAGAUGUUUCUAGCUGAGUUGAUAGGUUCCUUUUUUUUUUAAUCAUUCUCGUCUUUUGAAGUGUAAAUCUGGUAACAUGCUGUUCUUGUAUUUUUGAUAUUUUUUUUCUUCAGGUUAAUUACCCAAAGCCUCAUCCAUCCUCAAGAUUUUUAAAUUUCAUUAUUGGUUUUAAGUUAAUGGGGCAUUGUGUUUGUGCAUUUUUAAAAUAUUAGUGUUUUAUUUAAGUGCCAUGCUGAGCAGUUCUCUGCACAUGGUAACCAAAAGUUAGAGAUUUCGAUCAAUUUUGAUCAAUGUUUAGCGGUCCCAAACAGGGACUGUGUACAAAUGAAAUAAUACGGCAUAUUAGCCAGGUGUGACGGUCUCCCACGGCACUUAAAUUAAGUUCAAUCCUGUAUUUUCUCAGGGUUUCAUCAUGUCCUCGGUCUGAAAUGUACAUACACAUUUUUGGUGUAUACUUGGUACUAGAGAUUCACACAUGCAAAUACUCUUAUACGAGAAGCCUCACAAUGGCUCACGUUUAAGAAAAAAAAGAUAAAUCGACCAGCCAGUGCCCAAAGAAAAAGUUUUAGGGAAGAUGACGCAGCCGUUUUGCCCAAAGACAAUCUUCAGUUACCUCCCGCUGACCAGUCAUGGGAGCCGUCCUGGAAGGCUCACGGGCUGCGAGGAGGAGCCGGGUUUUUUUGCAAAAAAAGGAAAUGGAAGCUGAAAGAAGGGAGGAUGGAAGCGUGGAAGUGAGGAAGAAAUCUGAAGAAUUCAGGAAGGAAGACUUAAGAGAGACGUGAAGGAAGAGAAGGGGAGAAGGGCAGACGGGGUGGAAAUUACACUGGGGGUGCAUGAGGUUUGGGUAGGAAACGCAUUUUUAGGUGUGUGCUAUUUCAAACCUGGGGUCGCAAACUCAGCAGUCUGCAGGGGCGAGGCAGGGAGAGGGGUAUGGGAAGGGGUGG